AACAUCUUUAUAUUAUACAUGAUUUAAGAAGCACUGGAUUUAAAUUCCCAGCAGACCACCCUUUUUGGGCUUUUCCUAUGAAUUAAUUUUCCCUCCUUUUGGCACCUUCCGUUGCUUGCUAAUUCCAACAUCCUUAUGCCUCCCUUCUCAAGUUUUCUUAUAUUCUCCUUUCUCUGUUUCCAUCUCUCUUCUAUACAAGGAAGCUUUGAUUCUUCAUGUUUCCAUUUUAUUUUAUUUUAUGUCGGGAUGAUUACUAUACCCUUCUUUGCAAUACCUCCAUGGCCCUUCUCUUUGUUUUAUUAUAUAAAUACCUAUUUCUUCUACAAUAUUGUUCUUACUAAACAAGAUUUUCAUUACCUAUUACCAUUCAAGCACAUUCAAGACAUGGAUUUUAGACUUGUUCAGUUUCUCACAAUAUUUCUCUUGCAUCUUUUCCUAUGUUCAGGUUCAAGUAUUUCCAGGAAACCUCCCCUCCGAGAAAUCAAUCGGAGAAAACAAAGCAGCCAAGAAUCGCGGCUGCUCCUCGAUCCUUCAAUAUCCACUACACUACUAGAUAAUGUCCCCAUUGUUAACCCUACAACUCCAGGAACAAGUCCAAAUCCGACAUCUCCGUCAACUGAGCCAAGCACCAACCCGGCUACCCCGAUCACAACUCCAACAGCACCGACCACAAAUCCAACAACACCGACCACAACUCCAACAACACCGACCACAACUCCGACAACCCAAAACCCAACUCCUUCGACAUCAUCGGGAGGUUCCUGGUGUAUUGCAAAUCAAGGUGCUUCAACAACUGCUCUACAGGUAGCUCUAGACUAUGCCUGCGGGUAUGGCGGUGCGGACUGCUCAGCAAUUCAACCUGGAGGAAGUUGCUAUGAACCCAGCACGGUUCAGAAUCACGCUUCUUAUGCUUUCAAUGAUUACUACCAGAAACACCCUGAUCCGACGAGCUGUGUUUUUGGAGGCACUGCUCAGCUUACAAAUACAGACCCAAGUAAUGGGAACUGUCACUAUGCAGCAUCUUCGCCAACAGGCGUGACUCCGCCAGCCAGCAUAACACCACCGGCCACCCUACCACCACCGGAUAUCUCGACCAUGACCCCACCCUUUGCGAUGAGCCCCCCUUUCACCGGACCGGGUGGAGACACAGUUUAUGGUUCGGCAGAACCAACAGGACUCCCAAGCUCAGCCAGCUCUAUGUCAUUCAGCUACGUGCUGAUCUUUGCCACAAUGUCACUUCUUGUUGCAUACGAACUCGGGCCAUAAAGGAAACAACUUUCAGUUUCUUCUUUUCCAUGAUCCGAUUGCAACUUCUUUGGCUCUCCAACUGAGUUUGAGAAACUUUCAGCAAACUUGGGAAUCGACAAUGAGAGUCAUGUUCUCACCGUUAAGAUCUAAAUAUUUAUAUACUUGUUGAUCUAUGUAUACAUAAAAGCUGGUUAGAAAAACACCAAAGAAGAGCAUAGAAUCUCUUAGGUUCUUGUACUCAUAGAUAAGUUAAGAAUAUGAUAGCUGCUUUUGCAGAAUGAUUGUUAGAUGCACAGUAAAGUUAUUAGAGAUGCCCUGCUGGGCUUUGGCUAUAGGAAUUAAUGAUU